UUGUGCUUCAAAGCUACGUUGUUGAAGUUUACAAGAAAUACGUGGUCAAAGGCAACACUGCUGUACUCGAAUGUUACAUUCCUGAUUUUGUACGAGAUUAUGUAACAGUGACGUCAUGGCUGCAGGAUGGAUCUGUCGUGAUACAUCCAACGACCACUGAAGGUCGAUACAGUGUCUUUCCAACGGGUAAACUAUAUAUCAGACGAGUGACGCCCUCUGACAACCAGAAUUGGUAUCAGUGUCAGACUCGACAUAGGCUGACUCAAGAGGUUUACACUAGCAAAACCAAGGGUCAACUUGUGGUAACAGAACCUAGCGUCAUGGCACCAAAGAUUAUAGAUAUCAGGCGGCGCCUGGUGGUAAAGCAAGGCGAAACAGCAGAGCUUCCUUGUGCAGCAGAGGGUUACCCCGUCCCUUCGUACGUUUGGUACAGACACGAUGGGGUGAAACUGAAGUCUGUGAGCAGUAGAGAGAGGUCUUUUCUAGUGGAUGGAAUCCUGAGGAUAAGAGACAUUAGAGUAGAAGACGGAGGGAGAUACACUUGUCUCGUGAAUAACAGCCUUGGUUCAGAGAAAGCAGAGACUCAGCUGAUUGUCAGAGAACCAUUAUCGGUUGAAAUGUAUCCUCGACGCCAGGUAAUAGAUAUCGGGAAAUCGGCGUCUUUUAACUGUUCGAUCUCUGGUCAGCCAAUCUCAAGCAUAGAGUGGAGAAAAGAUCAACGGCCGCUAGAGGGUGAGACAAGACGCCACCUAGUGUCCAGGACUGUCGUACAAAUUUCUUCCGUGGUAAGAGAUGACAGAGGGAUGUAUCAGUGUUUUGUUAAGAAUGACUGGGAAUCUUUACAGUCGGCUGGAGAACUGAGUAUUGGAGUUGAUGAGCCCUCUCUUCAAGAAAAGUUUCCGGAACAGACGUUGCAACCAGGUCCUCCCUUAUCUCUCCGCUGUGUGGCACAGGGCAGUCCUUUGCCUCAAGUUACAUGGUCCUUGGAUGGGAUGUCCCUUCCCGAGAGCCCUCGACUACGCAUGGGAGAUUACGUUACGCGACACCAACGUGUUAUCAGUUAUGUUAAUAUCUCCGAUGUUCUACCUGAAGAUGGAGGCACCUACACUUGCAAGGCAACCAAUGAUGGCGGAGAGGUCACUUAUUCUGCUAAAAUCAAUGUCUUUGGUGAACCUUUUGUUCGGCCUAUGAAGAAUUUGUCUGUAGUGGCCGGAAAUAUGAUGAUGCUUCAAUGUCCGGUUGGUGGUUACCCUAUUGACCUUAUAGUGUGGGAACGUGAGGGCGUACGCCUCCCGUACAAUCACAGACAAAAGGUUUACCUGAACGGCACCUUAGUGGUGAGGGACAUUAUGAGAGCCACAGAUGAAGGAAGGUACACCUGCCAAGCUAGCGAUAAGGAAGGAAACACAGCCCAAAAUAGCUUAGUGGUGUCGGUUUUAGAACGUCCAGUAAUUGACCCCUUCAGUUUUCCAGCGUCGGUCUAUCAGGGUCAACGGUUUACACCCAUCUGUACUGUCAUUAGUGGUGAUUCUCCUGUCCAGUUCACUUGGCUCAAAGAUGGCCAUAGGAUCGAAGACUAUUUAAAUAUUCAAGUUCUCAGUGUGGCUGAGUUUUCGUCCACUUUAAUCUUUAAGUCCUUGAGGCCAGAACACCAUGGUAACUACACGUGCAUCGCAAGGAAUUCAGCAGGUUCUGACAGCCACACAGCAACAAUGGUAAUUCAUGUGCCCCCUAGGUGGCGCGUGGAACCUAGUGAUACUUUUGUGAUUAAAGGCAGCACCGCCCUCAUCGACUGUCAAGCUGACGGCUUUCCUCGCCCCAGAGUAAGCUGGACUAAAUCUGAAGGAGACCGUUCUGCAGAUUUCCGACCAAUCAGCAGUAGCUCACAUCUUUACGUUUAUGAAAACGGGACAAUGGCCAUUCACAACGCACAGAAAGAGGACGCGGGGUUUUACUUAUGCCAAGCAACUAAUGAUAUAGCCCCAAGCAUAAGUAAAGUCAUCAAAUUAAGCAUUCGUGUUUCUGCCCAUUUUCCUUCGAAGUUUCGAGCCGAAACGGUGAGGAGGGCCCACGAUGCUAAACUUAAAUGUGAAGCUAAGGGUGAUCGACCGAUAUUCAUUGUGUGGUUGAAAGACCAACAGCCAUUUCAUCCUCAAGAAACAUCAAGGUAUGUCAUUACGGAAACAGUACAUUCUAAUGGUGUGACGUCAUUACUGGUUAUACAUGCUGCAGACAGACGAGAUUCUGCCUUGUUCACGUGUAUUGCCUCCAAUUCAUAUGGCAGUGACGAAACGAAUAUCCAACUGAUUAUGCAAGAACCACCCGAUACCCCUCAAGAUCUGCAAGUUACACUAGUAACCAGUAGAAGUGUAACAAUAGAGUGGGCUUCACCUUAUAGCGGCAACUCUCCCAUAAUAGAGUACGAAGUCCAGUGGAAAGAAGAAAAAGAUAGAUGGCAGCACAGUACUUCUGUAAAUAAUAAUUCAGUGCAUGGGUCGGAAACAAUGACGACAAUUAAAGGUUUACAACCAGUCACCAUGUACGAUUUUCGGGUUCGAGCGAUAAACAGCCUGGGAUUUAGCGGCCUGAGUGAACCAGUUCGUGUCAAAACUGAGGAAGAAUCUCCUGGAGGACCUCCAGUCAACGUCCAAGCUGAGCCUACAAGUUCACAGUCGGUGAAAGUUACGUGGGAGUGUGAUCCUCCUAUGUCUCCUACUUUGCGUGUCUCGACCUCCUCGACUUCUUCUGUUGAAAUAGCGUGGGACGAAAACACCAAGGACAGCAACCCCGUUACAGGCUAUUUGCUCUACUACAAGCAGGACAAAGCUGAAUGGGAGGAGAGGACGUUAUCUGGACAAUCUAAGCGAUACACAGUUACAGGUUUGAAGUGCGGGGCUCGCUAUCAGCUCUACCUCUUGGCCUUCAAUUCUGCAGGAAAAGGAGAACCAAGCAAUGUCAUAAGUACCAAAACUGAGGGCAUGGCUCCCGUUGCCCCCAACAAAGAGUCCUUACUAGUCACUAACAGGACAUCUGUCACCAUCCGGCUGGAUGCCUGGCAUGAUGGAGGUUGUCUAAUCACGCUCUUUAGUGUCAGCUACAAGGCUCAGAGAGACGACAACUGGAGUAUUGUGUCUAGCAGAGUUCCUAGUAAUCGAAAACAAAUAACCAUCCCAUCCCUUACUCCAGGAACACGAUACCAGGUCAAAGUAACAGCUCACAAUGAAGCUGGGGCUACGGAGGCAGAGUACUUGUUUGUUACACAAACUAUGACGACAAUGUACACGACGUCCAUCCCCAUACUUAUUGGAGAGAAAAUUCCCUUUUACUUGGACUUGAACAUUAUACUGCCAACUGGUGUUUCGUUUGUAGUGGUUGUCGUGGUCAUGUUCUUGGUUUGUGUGAUUGUACGGCGUCGCAGUUCUACCGAGAGUUCAAUAAGUGGAAGUUCCGUGUACAACUGUCGAAAAAUACAGACUCGAGAAAACGUACAGCUAAGUAACUUAGAUAACAAGAACUCGAUUAAAAAAACCUCAGCUUCACCAAGUCGAGCCAAGUCAUUCACUUACCCUCAGCCUUAUGCUACUACCCAGUUAUCAGGGUCAGAGGACAGGAAAGUGGGAGAUGUCGACGAUUGUAGUUUGGCUAAAGACGAACCUUUAUAUGCUACUGUGAAGCGUACUCCUCGCCCACCUCGAUCUGAGGUUCAUGUUUAUGAUUAUGAAAGUCCUCCCCAGUGUCUCUAUGAAGAAAGUCAUCCUUCAACCAGCUACUGGAAAGGCACCCAUGCUUUCGUUCGGAUAGAAGAGGACCCUUCUGAAAAGUCCCUCGCAGCUUCUCCAAAGCGAGUUACUACCAAAAAAUGUGUAAAAUCAUCUUACAGAUGAAGAUGAUGAUAUUUAUUUAUAAAUGUAAGAAAUAUCUGUUGUCAAGACGGCCCUCUGUGGACGCGUUCGUUCUCAUCAUGCAAAGUAAUGUGGUAAAAUAUAUCAACGAGAUUAUUAAUUCAAGUACUAAACAAUGUGCCAAGUUGUAUCCAUUGAGGUUUUGUGUAUAACGAUUUAUUGCACCUAUUUCUAUCCUUCAAGAAAUACGCUCUUUGAUCACGGGGUGCUGAGUGCCAAACUUUGUUUCCGAAUAUUUACACUAAUUGAAGAACAUGAUAAUGGUUAAUAGGUGGCGCUGUACUCUCAAGAGCAAAAAGAAGGAGCUGUAACACCACAUUCUUAGUCUGGGAAGUAACCACUUGUAAUUUCUGUGUGUAAGUGCAUUUACUACAACAUUACAGGAAAAUUUCAGAAUCACAAGUGUGAGUGUCAGUUCAGUUUUUCUUUUGUUUAAUGGUAUAUAUUUGUUACCCUUGUUUAUCCAAUAGCAACACAAUGUUCCGAUUAGUAACAUCUGUAUUAUCAAAGUGCUUUUUUCAGCGUUCCACUAGGUGUCGCCUUGAUAGUCGUGUUUUGUUAGUUGUCGCAUAGAUUGUUGUAAUAAAUGUUGAUAGCAUCGCUGCAUGGUUUAUUAAUACUGCUUUAAUUGCAAAUGUUAAUAGUGAUUAAAUUAAACACUUGCUGGUGUGAUAACUGAAAGCAAUUAAAAAUGGCGCUUCCUCUCUUUGGUCAGAGGUCGCUGCAACGCCAAAGAAAAAAGUGUUUUUUUUUCCCACAUAUAUCAGUUCGGUUCGCAGUAUUAUUUUAACCUUUUGUUACCUGCAUUCACGAAUAAAUUCAAAAUAUCAGAUUUCAAAUAUUUCUUGAGUUACAUUUAUCAAAUAAAAUCUACUGUAUUGAAAAAAAAGUCUCACAUGUAACAAUUCUCUUUCCAGUUUCUAUAAAGUGAAAGAUAGAAACGUUGAAUCUUUUAGUUACAAUAAAUAAAUCUGUUUUCCUUAAAAACUAAAUAAAAUAUAAGUGACGCGUUAUUAAUCGAAGAAGUUCAAGUAGUAUUGUUCUAUAAAUAGAAGUUCGAAUGAUGUUAUUAUACUAAACAAAUAGAAGUUCGACGGAUGUUAUUAUAGUAAAGAAAUAGAAGAUCGACUGACGUUAUUAUACUAAAGAAAUAGAAGUUCGAGUGAUGAUAUUAUAGUAAACCAAUAGAAGUUCGAAUGAUGUUAUUAUACUAAAGAAAUAGAAGUUCGAGUGAUAUUAUUAUACUAAACAAAUAGAAGUUCGACCGAUGUUAUUAUACUAAAGAAAUAGAAGUUCGAGUGAUGUUAUUAUAGUAAACCAAUAGAAGUUCGAAUGAUGUUAUUAUACUAAAGAAAUAGAAGUUCGAGUGAUGUUAUUAUACUAAACAAAUAGAAGUUCGAGUGAUGUUAUUAUAGUAAACCAAUAGAAGUUCGAAUGAUGUUAUUAUACUAAACAAAUAGAAGUUCGAAUGAUAUUAUCAUACUAAAGAAAUAGAAGUUCGAAUGAUGUUAUUAUAUUAAAGAAACAGAAGUUCAUAUGGUGUUAUUAAAAACAAGAGGAAAUUCAAAUUACUGUUAUGAAUAAAUGGCAGUACAGUCAGCAUUGUGUUAAACCAAAAUAAGUUUAAUAGGUAUUUUAGUAAUGAACAAGAAAAACAUAUAAUAGACAUUUUUAUAUUAAAUAAAAAAGUAUACAUACGAUUUAAUUCCUUAACAAUUUUAAGUUGAAAUUACAUUACUGUGUUAAAAAUGAUAACAUUGUUUUGCUACGCAAAAUAUGUAUACAGGUUAUGUUUAGUGUUAAACAAGAUCACAUUGUUUUGUUAAAUAAGCAGAAGUGGUAUUGUUGAAAAAAAAAAUAACAUAAUAUGUUACUUAAGACAAAACGAAAUGAUAUUGUUAAAUUAAACAAAAUGAAAUACAAGUGAUAUUAUUUACUAAAACAAGGAGAGAAGUACGGGUGACAUUGUUAUACAAUAUGAAUUUCAACGAGAAAUGUGUUUGUUGUAUAAGCUCUGUCAUUUUUUGUAGAAAACUCAUUAACCCAAAGAAGUAUUGAAUAUGUCGUUGUACAGAGUAAAUAUAUGUGUGAAUAUUGUACGAAAUAAAUCUCUUUAAUAUAAUUAUUGGUAUUAAUAUAUAUAUAUAUAUAUAUUUAAGAGUGUAUAAUGCUUUGUUCUGUAAAUCGUAUUUAUUGCGUAUAAAAAUAUCAAAAAAAAAGCUGUAAAAUAGCUCUUUCCUUGCAACUUGAAAUGUGACCUUUGACCUUUCCAUUAUCGUGAUCUCCUACUUAUCACCAGCGAAAAAAUAAAAAAUAACAUAUCAUUGUUAUUUGUAGGCUUUCAGAAGUAACACACAGACAUCGUGUCAAGAUGGUGUAUACGCUGUUGUUCAAGUUUCCUUAGUAAUAUAUAUAUAUAUACAUACACUUCAAUUUUUGUGACAAAUGUUCUAGACUAGUUGAAUAUUUACCAACAAAAAGUUAUAUGUGGAAAAUGUGAUAAAUUUCUCUGUAUUAUCUCAAUCUUUUACACAAACAGGUGCCUACGAAAUUAUUGAUUUUCUCUGACAGUUCAUCAGAUAUCCAAGAAAAAAGUUUCUGAAAAUCAUUUGCCAGUAAAACUGUGUUGGAAGGUAUUGAAACUUUCCUAAUUACUUUGCCUUAUCUAUUAAACUGCACCUAAUAUUCUUUAUUGUACUGCUCUACCUCUUCUUAGAACGAUAUUAUUUCCUUUUUUAAUUCCCAUCCAGCUAAUUGUUAACUUUGUAAUUAUUUUAUGUGUUUUCUCUGGUGAUAAACAUCAAAGUAACCAUCCUCAGUUGUUCAUCCGGUGCAAUAAUCUUGUCCUGUUUUAAUCCAGCUAUCUAGCAAACUGCCCAUUGUUCUAUAUUUCCUGCUGCUGUUUCUAAACAUCCAUCUCUCUAAUAAUCUUUAACCCAGCUAUCUAAUAAACUGCUCAUAGUUCCUUGUUUCCUGCUGCUGUUUCUAAACGUCCAUCUGUCUAAUAAUCUUUAACCCAGCUAUCUAGCAAACUGCCCAUUGUUCUAUAUUUCCUGCUGCUGUUUCUAAACAUCCAUCUGUCUAAUAAUCUUUAACCCAGCUAUCUAAUAAACUGCUCAUAGUUCCUUGUUUCCUGCCGCUGUUUCUAAACAUCCAUCUGUCUAAUAAUUUUGACUUGUUUUAUCCAACUAUCUAAUAAACUGUCCAUAGUUCCUUGUUUCCUGCCGCUGUUUCUAAACACCCAUCUGUCUAAUAAUUUUGACUUGUUUUAUCCAACUAUCUAAUAAACUGUCCAUAGUUCCUUGUUUCCUGCCGCUGUUUCUAAACAUCCAUCUGUCUAAUAAUUUUGACUUGUUUUAUCCAACUAUCUAA